UAGAAAUUUAUGGAAACGAAGCACCUGAGUGCUAUGCAAUUCGUGCUGACCUCGCACGACCAUAGUUGAUAGUUCUAUCAAUGCGAUUUGGAUUGUCAGUGUCAUUGCAAUUAAGCGAAGAUCUGAAUACUGAAGAACGCCGACUUCGAAGCGCCGGUGUUUUUACCGAACUACUCAAAUUCACUGCAUUGCGGCUCCAACGCACACGGCACACAGUGGGGAAGCAGCAUCAAUGGAUCCUUUCAUGAAACAAGCCAGCUGUGGUAAAGCAGCUCGGCGGCAGUGGCUAUGGAAGUUCGGAGGUUAUGGUUAUUGAUGAGGAUGAGAUGCAGAUGCAUCAUCAAUUGCACAGAUGUACUCGAUCCGGAAGGGAGUUUCAGAAAGAGUUAUCUUACUUUCACUGCUCUAGGCUAUAAACAUAUAGAAGCUAAGCUUGGAACUGUUGCAAUGGCAGAGGCAGUGGUGUCGAUUGCUCUUGAAACCAUCCGCGAUUUGCUAUUGGAAGAGGGAAGGUUUUUAGUUGGCGUGGCCGAUCAAGUGAAGGAGCUCGAGUGGCAACUCAAAGAGAUGAAGUGUUUCCUCAAAGACGCUGACAAAAGACGACAUGAGAGUAGUACGAUCUUCAAUUGGAUCUCCGAGAUCAGAGAUCUCGUCUACAGAUCUGAAUCUGCCAUUGAAAGACACGCAGCUUAUCAAGUUUAUUCAAGGAGAAGAGGCCUCAGGCAGUUUAUCCUCAAAUAUUCCUGCAUUUUGGAAGAUUGCAACUCACUCCACCAAUUAGGCUCCGAGAUUUCACAAAUUACAUCAAAGCUCGAGAGGAUAAGCAAGGCUAUGCAAGAAAUCGGCAUAAAAAAAAGCAUAAUCAUCAAUCCAAAUGGAGAGGGGGAAAGCUCAGCUCAAAAAAACAUAUCAAGGAAGACUUUCCCCGAUUUGGAGAUGGGAGAUUUCUUCCUAGGCAUGGAGGAUGAGGUGGAGCAGCUUGUUCAUUACCUAGGGAUAGACACAGAGGAUCGGAUUAUAUCAGUUUGGGGAAUGGGAGGGUCAGGCAAGACCGCCAUUGCAAAGAAGCUCUACAACGAGAUGACCGGCUUUGAUCUCUCGGCAUGGGUUUGCAUUACUCAGCAAUGUCAGAGUCGAUCAGUUUGGGAGGAUGUUCUUAGGCAACUAGAGAAGAAGAGGAAAGUUUCAAGUCUGAGCCAUGAGCCACGAAUAAGGGAGGAGGUUUCAAGUCUGAGCGAUUCAGAGUUGUAUGAUAGACUAAGUGAGAUACAAAGAGAGAAGCGAUGUCUCAUAGUUUUGGAUGAUGUUUGGGAGCUUUCUCAGUGGGAUGAGUUGAAGCAUCCAUUCAUAGUCCAGAAUUUACAGAGCAAAAUAUUGGUGACAACACGGAAACAGAAGGUUGCAGAGAUUGGAUUGGCAGUGGAGCAUGGGCUCUUAGAUAUGGAUGCUGCUUUGGAACUACUAAAAAACAAAGCAUUUCAGCAUGGAAACAUUCCAGACUUUGCAUUGGAAGAAAGAUUAAAGAAAAAUUGGGAAAGAAAUGGUGCAUAAAUGUGGCUAUCUGCCAUUGGCGAUUUCUUUACUCGGUGGGGUCUUAAGAAAGAAAAAUUCAAUUAUUGAGUGGGAAUUAAUAA